UAAUUUUCUCCGCAUCUCUCAAAUGCUGUAGAUUACUUUUCAUUGCAUUGGCAUGUUAUCCUGUAACUAUCACCAGCUAUAUAACCCGGGUUCGGAAACAACUGACAAAUGUGCUACAAAAGUGAAAAUCAUUUACUCAUUAUUUUCGGUAGUGUAUCUCAGCUCGGUGGAGGGUGUAACUGAAGACGAGGAGACAGUAGUGGCGGAAUUAGAGACAACACUUGCAGCGCAAACGGAAAGCGAAGAAGACGAAGUUGAGAACGUUGGCGAUGUGGCCGCAGUACCCAUCCCACUAGUCGCCCAUCCCAGGCUAGAGGAAACACUGGUGGAACGAAGAGAGCGGAAACAGAGAUACGUGGAUGCAGGCUUGAGAAGCGCGAGUCAACAUCCAGCGCAACGAGACAUAGAACGCGAACGUCUAGAGGUCGAAUUCGAACGUGAGCAGAAACGGAUAGACAAGGAACGGCAAGCAGCGGAGAGGCGACAGGAGAAACGGAUAAGAGCGACUCAGGACAAGCUCCAAGCAGUCAGGAAACGCCAAGCGGUUCAAGCAACACGGAUAGCCCGGCGGCGACGGAUUCAAGCCUGUCUGGGCGAAGCAAGAGCGGCAGUUCGAGAACGACAAGAGACACGACGACGACUCCAGCAAGAAGCGGAAAAGCGAUGGAGUAAGAGGAUGAUGGAGAAACGGAAGCGUGUGGAGAGGCGGAGGAAAGCCAAAGAGAAGCUGCGGAAGAAAUAUGGAGGUCAGAACGAUGAGAACGGAGACGCCCGGAUGAGGAUGGACGCAAGGAAGGAGAUGGAUAAACGCAUGACGCCAAGGAAUUUACCAUUGCCACGACGAGGGGAUCCUCUCAGCGACACGCACGGACUCAGCCUGUCCCAGGAGAUGCUCGAGUAUAUCUAUGAACAGAGAGAGGGUUUUAUUGGUCAGGACAGCGUCACAAUCUACUCGGAUGGAUCGCUCAUGGAAGCUGGAACGGACUCAGUUAGCAUGGCAUUCGGAGUGGUGUUUUAGGAGCUAGCAGGAACAUACCGUAGUGCAAUCAAGGGCAAAGUGUCAGGCUUCGCAUCAUCGACAAAAGCAGAGCUGGCUGGUCUGCUGGCCGCCAUCUUGGUAAGUCCGCGCGACAAAUCAGUAACCAUCAAGAUCGACAAUUCAGCAGUAGUCACACAGUUCAGGACCUUGGUGAAGCAGCGAUCAGACUGUACGGAAAGACAGCGACUUCGUUCGACGUACGCAGUAUGGUGGGCAGCAGUUCACAACGCCUACGUCCAGCAGGGAGAGGGCGUCACGGUGGAGUGGGUUAAAGGUCACGCUGGAAACGAAGGAAACGAGGCA